ACACAGCAAAGAAUGAUGUUGAAGCAGAUGAUGAAUUAAACUUUCCCAGCGAUGUGAAGAAUACAAUUGAUUAUGAUUCUGUGUCUAAUGAAAUCAAGGAAAAAAUUGCCUUCACUCCGGAAUAG